AUGAAGGGUCCUAUCUUUAUGUACUAUAGACUUACAGAAUUUUAUCAAAAUCAUCGACAAUAUAUAAAAAAUUUUGAUGCUAAUCAACUUUAUGGUGACAUAGUAUCUGGUUCAACACUUCAUACAAGUUGUGAUCCGUUAGCCUUUAAUGAUGCUGGCAAGAUCAUUUUCCCUUGUGGAUUAAUUGCCAAUUCAAUGUUUAAUGAACUUAUAUCAAUUGACGAUACUUCUUCACAGACAUUUGUUAUGAGUCCACAUAAUAUUGCUUGGCCAACUGAUAAACGAAAAUAUGGUCCAACCAAGUAUCAAAUAUCACAAAUUGCACCACCACCCAAUUGGGCUCUUCGAUAUCCAAAUGGUGAAUAUACAGAGGAGUAUCCUCCACCAGAUUUGUCUACACAAGAGCGUUUUAUGGUUUGGAUGCAUGUGGCUGCUUUAUCUGAUUUUCGCAAGAUUUGGUCAAGAAAUGACACACAUAAUUUAGAAGCGGGUCGAUGGAGAAUACAUAUUGAUAUGAAUUUUGAUACAGUGCAAUAUGGAGGUCAAAAAUGGCUAGUAUUAACAACCACUACUCCAAUGGGUGGCCGUAAUCCUUAUUUGGGUAUUGCUUAUAUGUCUAUUGGUGGUUUAUGUAUUCUUUUAGGCCUAUUAUUCACAAUUAGACAUUGUAUUAAGCCAAGAAAAUUAGGCGAUGAAUCUUAUUUAUCUUGGAAUCAACCUGGGGGUGGUUUACCAAGUGCUAAGCCUUUUAUAUUCUAUUCAAGUACUGCAUUAGCACUUCAAUAUUAUUGUGAACCAGGAUUUAAGCCGAUUAAAGAUAAGGAUCUACAACUAGAUCUAUCGAGAUUAAACAAGGAAUUUGAUAUUUAUCAAAAUACAUCUACUCCUCCUUCUACAACUUCUAUUUAUACUCAAGUUAAUCUGUGUAAUGUUCUUCCUAUUCCCGAUGAUUCAAAUAACGAAAAUUGUUUAAAAGGAUCUCUUAUUUGUAGAAGAACAAUUCAUAUCAAGGAUAAUAAAGAAAGUAUUGACAUUGUGCAAACAAUUGCUAGAGAUGCUGAAGAUAAAUUAAAUCCUGAAUUUAAACCAAUUAAACCUGAAGAGGAUGCGACAAAAAGUCAAUUUGGAGAUAAAGCUCAAUCUGCAUUAAUUACCUUACAAUGUGAUGAAUCUCAAUCUCGUGACGCUAGUGAAAAGGCGCCUGAACCUAAAGAGCCUAAAAAUGAUGAUAAAAACAAUGAUAAUGAAAAGAAGGGUAUGUCAGGUAUUUCUAUCUUUUUCACCAUAGUAUUUGUAUCGAUGGCUGUUUAUUUUGUUGGUGGAAUGAUUUAUAAUUAUAAAGUGUAUAAUGCAAGAGGAUUUGAUCUUAUUCCUCAUCGAGGUAAGUUGGUUAUAAUAUUAUCACAUGUUGGAUAA